UUGUUUGAGAUUUAUUCGUUAGUAAGUUUCCUUGCGUUGGUUCGUGUGGGCAAGGUGUGCGCUAUUUGUUGACGUGUUGUUUCGUCAGCACUUCGUUGUUUAAGGAUGAAUCACUCUUAUGAAUAACGUCGAUACGGUGGCGGAUGGGGAGUUGAUACUGAACGUAGACGAUAGUGAGCGUAGACUAUUGUGAAUGUAGAUGAUAGUUAGUGUUCUUGGUCGGCGGUCGUGGCAGGCAGCUGGGUGCGGAGCCGAGUUGCGCCAGCCCGCCACCCGCCGCUGCCGCCGCCGCCGCCGCGCCCACCAAGGAUAGCUCGGCCGCCAGUCGCUCCCACCACGCGUCCCAAUGCUUGUGUUUCAGCUGAAGUCUUGGUUUCCAUUCUUUUAGUUUUAUUUUUAUUUUAGGAUUCGUAACGUGGCUGUAGCAGGGUAGGGAAUAGAGCCGCCGUAGAAUGGCAAGGUGGUACGCAGGGCUAGAUGUGAACGCAGCGAUUUGGAACAUGGAAGCGAAGUCGAAGUCGUGGCUCGGCCGCUCAUACGGACGCGGUGGCAGCCCGCCCUCUUUACCUACUUCCCUCUCGGGCGAGCAGCGCUGCGCUCACCUCGCUUUUUGUAUAUUAUAUAAAUUGCUGCCUUUUUACUAUUAUUGCGAGGGUACUCUGUACAUUUACUCAUUUAUAAGCUCACGGAAAGAUAGCAUGAAUGAAUUUUCAGCGUGACGUCAUUAUCUCCUUGAACGAGCGGUGAUCUGUUUGAUAAAGACCUUAAUACACAAUCUUUGCAUUUUAGUGUUUCAGAGUCGGAAUAGUUUUCAUUUAUAUAAUGUUUACGAUUGUUCUAGCUGUAAAUGGUUCUAUUAGAAUAAGCUAAGUUUAAGAAUUUCAAUGAAUUUAUAAACAUGUAAGCAUUGCGUGUGUCAAUUCCUAACUUCCUUCUUGCAUCUUGCAGGGGCACUUGACAAUGGGGCUUCCUCGAGCGAGCGGCAAGCGGCGGUGGUCAGGUGACGGCAACGCUGACGAAGUACCGACCAAGGUGAUCUGCACGUCACCGCCCCACGCCCUCUGUGCCGAGGACGUGUUACACCACCCCGCCCUCACCCACGCCCACGCUUCUACGCCCGCCAUUGAGUGCGAGCUCACCACGCCCGUGGAUUCUUCAGACGCCUCGGAGGCGUCCACCCGACUGCCCGAGGAGGAACAGGACUCCUCCUCGUCGUCGUCGUCCUCCGCCCCGACAGCCGCGGCCGCCCUCCAGCACACUCAGGACGACGUCGCCUUCACCGAGUCCGAGGACGACUCCAUGGAUGAGCACGAAGACUUUAUUGAUGACGAGGAGGACAAAGACUCUGGGUUCAUUGAUAGUAAUUCUAUAGACAAUUCCUCUGAUGAUGAAGUGGAAAGUAGAGUGAUAUCAGACUUACCAGUGUCGACAUCAUUGUCAUCCCUCUCUCCCUCAUCCUCCAGCCUCACCACCGUCACCGCCUCGUCCGCCGCCGCCACCACCACCACCACAUCCAUCCCUCACGUCUCCUCAUCUCUUCAGCUCUCCCUCUCGAGAGUCUUGCCAUCCUCCUCCUCUUCCUCCUCCUCCUCUACCUCCUCCACCACCUCCUCCACCACCUCCCCCACCUCCCCCACCACCACCACCACCAAUGCCGUCACAAGCAGCACCUCCCCAGCCCUCUCAUCUCCGCACGUCCUCCUCCCGCCCACCUCGCCCUCACCCUCACCCUCACCCUCACCCUCACCCUCACCCUCAUCCCCACCCGCCUCCCCCCCCACCACCGCCGCCACCACCAUCUUCACUCCCCCCACAUCCCCGGAUUCCUUAGUGUCCAACCAGACCACGUGCAGCACCACCACCACCACGAGUGUGUGCAGCAGUGGCGCGGGCGGCGGCGAGGAGCGCCUGGCGGCCACUCUGGUGAGUGACGGCAGCGUCACCACCGUCACUGCCGCUCAGACGGGCACGGUCGUGACGAGUGCCUAUCAGGGCGCCCUCACCUCUCCUGCCUACGACCCGCACUCGUACCCAUACCCGCCGGAGUCGUACCCGCCCCGACCCUCGACGCCGGCAUGGGGCAGCUGCAAUUUCUACGACGGUUCUCAGCCUCAUACCAAUAAGUACAUGGAAAUCUCGCCGAGCAAAGGCGGGGCCGCCAACCAGUCCAUUCAGUGUGACGAGAACGGCAAGUCGUACCUGGAGCUGGGCAGCGCCUCCCCCUACACCCACACGUACUCGAAUGAGUGCGGCAACUACACGACAUCGCCCUCGAGCUACCCGUCGCAAACCUACAAUCAGACGUACACGAGCUCUAGCACGUACGGCCAGCCUGGCGCCUACUACAACUCCAGGCAGAGCUACAGCCCGAGCCCGUACGUGUACCCGGGCGGUGAGGGCUAUGCUGGCUUCGACGGCGAGGCCGGCUGUGGCUAUGGGUACGGCGUCAGCGGCUACGGAGGGGCACGGGGCACGCUACCCCCUGCGCGCGGGCCUCAGCGGUGCAUGUCCCCGUACUGUGACCCCACGCGGGGAACAGCAAAGCCUUCCUGCUACCACCAACAGCGUCUCUCAGUGCUCAACGUGUCCAUGUACAAAUUGAACAGAUUCCGGCAGUUCCCGGAGCCGAACCUCCACCGUUCAGUGCUCAUCUGCAACACCCUGCGGCACAUAGAGCGGGAGCUGGAGGCCGAGGGCGUGAGCGUCGCCUCGCUGCUGGCCCAUUCUCACAGCCACGGCGCCCACCCGCACCUUCAGGGCGCCGCGCCCAGUGCUGGUGCCCCUUGCCCUGAGCCAAUGCCGUCCUCACCUCCUGUCUCUCCCGCUCCCACGGAAGGACCUCUGCCCCCGAUGCACAGCCAGCUAGUAGGAUCCCCCCUGGCAGCGCCUGUCUCACUGCCUCCGUCCACACCCGUCACGCCGCCGCCGCCGCCACCGCCGCCAGUGUCUCACUUCAGCACUGCAGGGCCCACCGUGCAGUACCCGAGCGCGCAGUACCUCCCGGCCGAGCACCAGACCACCUAUGACGGCAGGGAAACGGCGCACCUGCGGCCGUAUCAGCCUUUGCCUGCGAGCACGCACCACAGCGGCAGUGGCGAGGGCCCCUCCGCAGGGCCUGAGGAGUCCGAGGAAGCCGAGGGCCCUCCUCCGUCCCCCACCAUCAGAUCUUCGCCACUGCCCGCGGAGGAGCGCACCGACGCCAUCAACUGGUGCUCGGUGCUGAGCCUCUCCUCCCAGACCGACCUGGACUCCAUGAACAACAACGAGUACGGCGACUGGGGCGGCGAGAGCAGCGCCGACCUGGACUACGGGCGAGCGGACGACGGCCCGCCGUGGAAGCUGCCGUCGCUCAGUGCCGACGAUGUGCUCAAGUCUUUCCCCGAGGCCUCGAAGAGACUGGAAGCCAAUGAGGACCUGGACUCCAUAAUAAAUGUCUUGGUUGGCUCUUAG